AGACGACGAAGAAGAAGAAGACACCGGAAGUAGGGAAAACUUCGUUCCUGGUGAAGCAGCGUGCAAUGGCGGAGACUAGGAGUAGCCAAUCUUGCAGCGUACCUUUUUGUUCUAAUUCGAAAAAGAAACAGCCGUAUUUGUCGUUUCAUAGCUUUCCAAGCGAUGAAAGUAUUAAGAGACGUUGGAUUUGGGCUAUUCGCAGAGACGAGGGAGAGGAAUUUACUGUGAGGAAGGGCAGCACUUUUGUGUGUGCUAUGCACUUCACGGAUGAUGAAGUUCGCGUCCAUCCACAGUCCGGCCGUAAACAUCUUACACCACAUGCGGUGCCUUCCAGGUUUUCAUGGAACAACUGGGGAGAAGUUAAAGAGGAGGCAAAAAGUACGGUCUGUUAUGAGCUGGAAGAGGAACACGUUGAAAUGGAGUGUGUUGAUGUGGCGCUGCCUCAGCAGGAGCACGACUACAACAGCCGCCCUCCUCCGGGUGCUCUUGAUGAGGCACUGGAGAAAAUAAAGGAGCUGGAGGAACUGGUCACAAGCCUUACCAUCUCUCGAGCGCUGCUAGAUAGAUGGUGCGUGUCUGAUGAAGACUUUAAGUACUUCACGAGGUUUCCAAACAAAAACAUCUUUUUUGUUUUUUGGAGAUCUGUUGAGCCAUCUGCAUCCAAUAUUGUGUACUGGUCCAAAGCCAAAAGGAUUGGAAUUUCAACUGCAGAGGAGGAGGUUGUGACACCAAGCCCUAAGCGCAAGAUGCAACCCAUUGAUGAGUUUUUCAUGUUUUGCCUGUGUGUUGCUGUUGGUCUUAGAGAGAGAGUUUUGGCUGAGAUAUUUCAAGUGAGCACUUCUACAGUGAAUCGCAUUGUAAUAACAUGGUCAAACUAUUUAACCCUUGUGUUGGGAUCAAUUCAAAUCUGGAUGACCCAGGAGCAGGUGCGAUGGACAAUGCCUGUGAAAUUUCAGCGAGACUGUCCAAACGUGAGGGUCAUUAUUGACUGCACAGAGUUGAGAUGUGAGUGCCCAGAGGCAAAUACCCUCCAUCCUGAAACAUUCUCAGCCUACAAGUCCCAUACAACCUUCAAGGGUUUAAUUGGUGUGGCACCCUGUGGUGCAAUCACAUUUAUAUCAAAGCUAUUCACUGGCUCCAUUUCAGACAAGGAGUUGACAAAGCAGGCAGGAAUCUUGGACUUACUGGAACCAGGUGACGAGGUGAUCGCAGAUAAAGGCUUCCUCAUUCAGAAGUUAUUUGAGGAUGUUAGGGCAAAAUUAAUCAUCCCCCCUUUCAAGCAGCGUGAUCAGUUUAGCAUAGCGGAAACUGAGAGAAACCAGGCCAUUUCCAGCCUCAGCAUACUUGUUAAACGGGCAAUCAGACGAGUUAAAGAGUACCACAUUUGGGAUUCCCCUGUUCCCCUCACUUUAGCAGACACUGUCAAUCAGAUGUGGUCUUGUUGUUGCAUGAUGGCAAAUUAUCAGGGUCCUUUAGAUCUUGAAGGUGAGAUAAAUAUUGGAAAGAGUGAAAACUGAUGCUGUGUCCCAAUUUGCAUACUUGUACUACACCCUAAAAGUAUGUACUUUUUUUUUUUUUAAUGAAAAAAUAUCUACUUUUGAGUGUGUGACAGAGUAUGCAAGCUUUGGGACGUACUACUUCCUCGUUAACAGAUCGCUGUGUUGCUUAGUUACGAGCCCAGUCAAUCAUCCACAAAUCAACCACAUUUCUGUCAUAUUUAAUUUCCUACCUUAUUGGAGAAGCAGCAGAAUAAUCUCCCGUUCACGAGUCUUUCUUGCAGAGAAAUCUCCUCAGGCCUUUGGAUAAUUAUGCAAUGAGAUGUUAAUGUCCAAACACAUCUUUUUAUAAGUUCAGGAUUGUUGUUGCAGAUGAAAUACGACACAGACAACACGAUGGGCUAGAUAUUAAUUAACAGUCAUACAAACAUCUUUACCGAGGUCUCUGUACUUGACGGUUGGCUUUGCGCGUCCACCAUGUUUGUUGUUGUUGUUUUUUUUUUUUACACCUUUCACUUACAUUUGUAGUUCUAAUCCAAUUCACGUCCAACACGCAAUGUAUUGUGGGCAAUAUCAGCGAUUAGUGUAUGGACGGUUCUACGCUUAAAUUUUUACCUUAAAUGGUAAACCAUCUGGGAACCUUUGGCAUACUCUUCAACAUACUAUGAUUUGGGACAUACUAAUUCUAUUUUCAAAUACUAUUUAGGACGGAUAGUAUGCAAAUUGAGACGCAGCAUCCGUAAUAUCAACAACCAACACCUCCUGCUCACCAGCCAGUAACAUCGCCCACCAGCACCACCUCCAGACAGGACUUUCUGUAUGAAAUUUGUACAAAGUUUAUACUAAAAUGAAAAAGAAACAAGGGUUUAUGAAUACCUCCUCAUGUACAGGAGUGGAGGUGAAUGAGUUCAAUUUAACUUGCUCAGAGAAACACUCUUGCUGUCAAACAUUGUUUACUCUACAGAGUUUAAUGGUGAAGGAAUUGAUCCAAUAUGUCUAUUGAUGGAAGGUUUGAGAAUAAAUCUCAUGCUCCCUUGUAAAGUAUUUUGCAUUAUUUUCAAAAUACAAUAUUUUAUUUUGAUACUUGUGGCUGCUGUAUUUUGUAGUUUAUUUUGAUACAUGUAAAAUUGAGGUAUUUGGCAUUUUAAGAUACAUUUCAAUGUAUUUUUGCACAUCC